UUUUCAUUGAUCUUGAAGAGAUCUCAUUGUUGACUGAUUCUGUCCUCAAUCUUUUACCAGCUCACUAGGUUAGAAACAAGUAACUGAGCACACAGGUUAAAAAAAGGACAGAAAAGGUAAAGAUAACCAAAAAGGAAAAAUAAAGCAAAUUCAGUUAUUUUCAGUCAGACUAAGUCAAGCUUUGGAAAAUUUCAAUUUCAUAUAUUGUUAAUGUGUACAUCUUUAAAACAAUAUAUAUUCUCUCUAAGUCUAACCAUAUAUAUAUAUGCAUUCAUAUUCUUUUACUUUUUCUUCAUCUUUGAUCCUUUUGUGUAUACUAGUCUUCUAGGGUUGUUGAGCAAAUAAUUAAGGUCAUGGGUAGGGCUCCAUGUUGUGACAAAUCAAAAGUGAAAAGAGGUCCAUGGUCUAAUGAAGAAGAUGAUAUUCUUAAACACUACAUUCAAGAAAAUGGCAAUGCUGGUAAUUGGAUAUCUCUCCCCCUAAAAGCAGGCCUAAAUCGUUGUGGGAAGAGUUGUCGUCUAAGAUGGUUGAACUAUUUAAGGCCUAAUAUCAAGCUUGGAGGUUUCACUAAGGAGGAAGACAACAUUAUCUGCACUCUUUUUAGCACCAUAGGAAGCAGGUGGUCCUUUAUAGCAGCACAAUUACCAGGAAGAACAGAUAAUGAUGUGAAAAAUCACUGGAACACUAAACUAAAGAAAAAGUAUGUAGCAGGAAACUCAUCCACAAGCAGCACUAUUUACACUUUCAACAAUACUACUAGUUCUGACCACUUUUCAAGUACUUUGACUUUUCAACCUCAACUUGAAGCACCCUUUGUCUUUGAUCAAAAACCCAACACACCUUGUUUUGACUCCUACAAUUUUUUGGAUUUGCAUGAAACACCAAUUAGUAAUAUUCCUUUACCAAUUAAAAUGGAAUCAGAAGCUUUUUACACUGGAAGCAGUUUGAGUAGUAGCUGUAGUACUACACCAACCACCAAGGAAAUUUCAAGUUUUUCAAGUGCACCUUUCUUAGAAGAACAAAAUAAUGAUAAUCAAUGUUUUGAAUAUGACCAUGAUGAUGCAAUUCUUCUUGAAAUGUUUCUUGAUGAUUUAUUGAAUCAUGGACCCUCAUCUGGAUAACCAAGGAAUUUGGUUUUUGUGCAUUCAGUAGAUCCGGCUUUCACUCAUUGGGAUACUGGUGGUUGUCCGAUAUUGAUCAGACGAUCCAAAAAAAAUACAAGUUUAAAUUUUAUAUUUUAAAAUAUCGAGUUUGAAUAUGAAUUGUCCGAUAUUUACUAAACGGUCCUUGAUGGGAUAGACACUCAAACUCAUCAAAAAAAUUGAAGAAGAGAAAAAUCAGUGGCUGCAAAGAGUAUAGCAAAAAGUAAUUAAAGGGAUGAUGGUGAUCAUGGAUAUUGAAUAUUGAUCAAGCUAUUUAUAGUAUUAGUAAUCAAAUACUUCUUAUUAGUGUUUGUAUUUGUGUUUUAUGUAGUUGGUUUGCGUGUGGAAUUAUGUGAGAUUCUAAAUUAUUUUUCAAAGAAAAUGACAGUGGUAAAAUUUAGGACUAUAUGUGUAUACAUGUUAGUCAAAAGUUUUGUGUCCUUUUUACAUGAUUGAGGAAUUGCACUUAUGACAUGUUAUUUAUGGUAUAUAGUUUGUUUCAUAAUA